AGAUGUGUCCCGUUAGUCGAAUUAUCCGAAACAAGGGGGACAAAACUGACCCACCAAAACACCUGGGUCACUUUUGUCCUGCCCUCUUUCCAUGCUUUCAACCUGCCUCUCACACCCGUGUUUUUCUUCUUUUCGAUUUGAAGCCAUGCUUGACCGAAGACGUUUGAAGCCAUUACUACCAGCACGCCAGCCACUGUCAAAGCUAACCCUAACUCUGCCGCCGGCGAAACCCAUUUCAACCAGAUUGUCUCCCCGAAACCGGCCUUCUCUCCCAACUUCGUGAAACGGCAUCUGGAGCUCGUCACCCUUUCUAUCGUCGCCAAGAGUCCUCGCUCGAAUCUCAACCCAAACGUCGACCAGAAAACUGGGUUUUGUGCUUAAUUUGUCACUCAAUGGAAGCUGGAGGUAGCAGUAACGAUAAUAGGUGGGGUGAAUCUAGGCGUACAUGGAGUAGAGGUGAGGAAGAAGCUUUGCUGGUUCUUUUAGAUGAAGCUGUAGCUAGUGGGCAACGUUGUGAUACGGGAGCAUUUAAACCUGGUACACUUAAUAUGAUUGAGCGGCAACUGGCUGAAAUGUGUCCUAACUCGGGAUUGCGAGCAACUCCACAUAUUGAAUCGAAGCUAAAAAAGUGGAAGAAGCAAUAUGGCAUCAUAUACGACAUGCUGAACAAAAGUGGAUUUGGAUGGAAUGACACUCUUAAAUGUGUGGAGAUUGAUAGUGACGAUGCUUGGAAAGCAUAUGUGCAGAGUAAUCCAAGUGCAAAAAGUUGGAGAGAUAAACCUUUCCCGAUAUAUGAGAGGCUUGCUAAUAUUUUUGGGAAGGAUCGGGCAACAGGACAUGGAGCACAAACUCCAAUUGAUUUAGUUAAUGAUAUAAAUAUGGAGCCUGAUAAUGACCAAUUUGAUGAUGUGGGUUCUCCAAUGUCUAUGAAUCAAACACAUAGUCAACUGCCCACACAAUCCCAAUUAAGAGGUAAGAGGAAAGCUCAAUCGAAGGAUGUUGACAUCGUUAGCGGGUUAAACAAUGUAGCAGAUAAGUUUAUAGAUAAAUUGGCUACACAGUUAGACAAGUUGGAGAAGUCUGAUAUCAACUAUCCACAAUACUUAGCUAUGGAGCUUGACAGGUUAGGAUUCCAUAUUACUGACAAUCUCAAAAUCUCUAAGGCAAUGAGAUCGGAUCCAUCGAACGUUGAGGUUUUCAAGAUUAUUAAAACCGAUGCGCAGAAGAUUGAAUUUGCUCGUGGAUUUUUGGAUAACUAAAUUAGUAUGUUGUGGAUUAUAUAUUUAUGGAUAUGUAUGAGAAGAUGACAACUAUGAACAUUUGGAAUUGAAACUUAUG